AUGGGCAGGUCCGAGUCACAACAAGGGUGCAAGGUGCACCAAAACGAGAAGCAACUGCCGGGGGUUUGCUCCUUUUGUCUCAGGGAGAGACUAUCCCAACUCAAUGCUUAUUCAAACCGGAAACUGAUCGGCGGUGGUUAUUCCGGUUCUUCUUCUCCCGCUUACUCUUCAUCCUAUUUGUCUCCGACACAUCGUCGGCAUCAUCGAAGGGCUCCGGAAAGUAUGGGUUCGAUUUCUUUAGCGCUAAAAGUGGGUCAUGGGCUGAAGAAGAGCAGAUCGAUGGCGUUUAUUAUGAGUAGUAGUCGAGCAGAGCAGGAGGGUGCGGGUGGUGGGAAUAAGAAGAAAGGAGGAUUUUGGUCGAAGCUGCUAUGGUCUACAGGGAAGAGGAACAAAGAUGUUUUCACGCACGCAAGAGGUGCAAGCCAGAGGUUGGAGUAA